CAUUAGCACCAAAGCCCAAGACCGCUGGUCACUUCACACCAGUAGCUGUCUCCAAGUUUCCUCCAUCCUCCCGUUCAGACAUUCUUCACAGUCCAAACUCUAUGUCUAGAGGACCUAAGCCACCCAUUGCUCCCAAGCCCAAGUUAGCCGCUACCAACAGGGGGAAAACUAGAGUGUACACAAACAACACCUUCAACAAAUUCAGCAAUGGCAAACUGAUCUGUUCAGAUGGAGAGCUGUAUGAAGGGAACCAAUCCAACCCUGAAUGCUCAGAAUCAGAAGCUGAUGAUGACUACAUCUUAGUCACUGAAACUCAGCUGACCAAGGGAAGCUUCAAAAUACUGGAGCAGGAACCAUGCUGUGCAGAGAAUGAGAAGCCAGCAACCAGGGAGGAAGAGACUGAAGCAGAGGACCCCUCUUCUAGUAAUUGCUCCAGCAGCUUUGAGGCCAAGGUAGAAGAGACAGAGGAGGACUCUCUCAGCUCCACAGACAGAGUGGAUGACUCAAAUGAACUGGCAUUAGGUGGGGACUGCGAGAGGACUGAUUCAUCUUUUGGAGGAUCCCCUGGAGAAACUGAGACCCAAGAUCCCAUGUAUGAAAAUACGGGGGAGGACAUAGACUAUGAAAAUGAUCCAGAUGAAAAGGAUAAGCUUUUCAUGAGAAAGGAAAGGGACAGCCUUAUCGAGAACCAAAAUGGAUACAGUUUGGAAGAAGAAAGAGAAGACUGCAAAGAUAUUGUUUUAACCCACAUAGCUUCAGAGGAGCCAGAGGCCAGUGGAGAGCAGCCUGGGAACCCUGAAGAAUCAUUGGAUGUUGGGGAUGCUAACAGUGAAGGGUGUGCUGAGGAGGAACCAAGUUCAUCAGACUGUUAUGAUGUUUCCAAUAUUCCCCCUGCUGGAGGGGAAGCUGAGAGAGAGGGAGAUGAAGCCGAAAAUGAAUGCAAUAAAGGACUAGAACCCUGCGAUGAGCUCAGUGAAACUGGCUUAGCUGUAGAAGAUCCUGAAAUCACAGACUGGGAAAAAGAAGACCCUGUGGAUAAUAGUGAUCAAGAUGCUGAGACAAAAGAUGACCAAGUAGAGGAAGCAGCCAUUCAGGGGAUGGGAGAAGACAUUCAAAAUGGUGAAGACUUGUUGAAGGAUGAAGUUGCUGAUGAGAGCUGCCAGAUUAUUCCUUUUGAAGGUGAAGGUGGUGAUGAACUUUUGGACUCUCUUCCAGGAAAUUCAUUUGCAUUUCUCCCAACUGAAAGCACAUCUUUUUGCAGUGACAGCUAUUACCCUCUUUCUGAAUCAGUGAAAGAAUCAGAAUUGGGAGCAGAGGUGGAUUUGGGGUCAGCAUCCAUGGGGUUUCUUGUUACAGGAAGUAGAAUUGAAACCACUUUGAAGGAAACCCAUGAAAUAAUUGGAGAAGCAGAUGAUGUUUCUGGAGAUGAUAUGAAUCUCCCAGGACAGAUGCAAGAAGAUGAACAGGCCCCUCUGACUGGUCUUGUAAAUAAUCAAAGUAGAUCUCCAGAUGAUGAGGCUUUCGAGGUUCCUGCAGUAGUCAUUGUGCCAGAGGAAACUCUUGAUGAUGAAACAGUAGAUGACUCCCUCAUUGACCCCUAUGUGAUGGGAGUCAGCUUGAUCCACCGGGAUGAGAAUUCUUUUCCAGGAGGAAGGGGACACUCUGAAACAAAAGAAGAAGAAGGCACUCAGAACAAUUGUAGCACUAAAGAAGAAAUUAAUGCUGAUGCUGACGGUGGCCUGAUUACCAUAGAUCGGAAAAACAUUGUCACAAGGGCCCGGUCUCACUCUGGGAAAGUGCCCGGCUAUGUCCCGGAAACUGUUCCUGAAGAAACAGGGCCAGAAACUGAUUUACUAAGCUUGGACAGCAGGCAUGCUGUGCAAGAAGGAAACAAGACUUGGCUGCCAAUGGAAGGGAAACCAUUGGAAAUCAACAGGGCUUUGCCAGCCAAGCCAAGAAGCUUUAUCUUGUAUCCCCGGUCUUUCUCCGUGGAAGGCCGAGAUCUUCCCGUUUCUUUGUACCGAGAGUUGGAAGAAUCUAUUUUGGACGAGGGUAGGAUUAAAAGGAAAGAGGACAAUCUUUCUUUGCCUUGUGUUAUAGGGUCUUCGGGGAGCUUCUCCCAAAGAAGCCAUCUCUCUUCUAGUGGCAUGUCAACCCCAUCUUCCGUGGUCGAUAUCCCACCUCCUUUUGACCUGGCUUGCAUUACCAAAAAGCCAAUUACAAAGAGUUCCCCCUCCCUCCUGAUUGAUAAUGACUCUCCAGAUAAAUACACAAAGAAGAAGAAAUCAUCUUUUAAGAGAUUCCUCGCUCUGACAUUCAAAAAAAGGACUGAGAACAAAGUUCAUGUGGAUGUCAAUGUUUCCUCCUCCAGAUCCUCUUCAGAAUCCAGUUACCAUGGACCCUCGAGGGUCCUAGAGAUUGACCGGAGGAGUCUCAGUAAUUCUCCUCAGCUCAAGUCUAGAUCUGGGAAGCUUCGAGCUUCAGAGUCUCCAUCCUCCAUCAUCUUUUACAGAGACAUCAAGAGGAAAGGGGCUCCAUUCAGCCGCAGUGUGUCCAGAGUGGAGUCCUUUGAGGACCGCUCCCGGCCUCCUUUCCUUCCCCUUCCCCUGACAAAGCCAAGAUCCAUUUCAUUUCCCAAUGCAGACACUUCGGAUUAUGAGAACAUCCCAGCAAUGAACUCUGAUUACGAAAAUAUCCAGAUCCCCCCUCGGAGGCCUACGAGGGCUGGAACAUUUACUAAGCUUUUUGAAGAUCCCAGCAGGGCAUUGUCAACAGCAAAUGAGAAUGAUGGAUAUGUGGACAUGAGCAGUUUUAAUGCAUUUGAAAGCAAGCAGCAGACUACAGACCAGGAAACAGAAAGUGCCUACACGGAGCCGUACAAGGUCUGCCCAAUCUCAGCAGUGCCCACAGAGGAUGUCACAUCUGACGAGGAGCAGAAAUCCUCAGAAGAGGAAGAGAGUGGCCAGAGGGAACCAGGCCUCACCCACAAGAAGGAAGGACAAUCCCGAGCUUAUGUCAUCGCUCAGGAGCUGCUGUCUUCAGAGAAAGCAUACGCACAGGUGCUGCAACACUUAAUGCUGGAUUUCCACGAAGCAAUACUAAAAGCCCUAAGUGAGGAAACUGAGGACAAUGAAGAGUCACUAGCCAGAGGUGAGCUGCGACAAGGCUUAAGUGAGCUUCCAGCCAUCUAUGAACUGCACCAAGAGAUCCUGAGUGAAAUGGAAGAGAGAAUACUGAACUGGGAGGAACAGCCAAAGGUGGCUGACAUUUUCCUUACUCAGGCACCAAAAUUUGACCAUCACGUGACUUAUAUCAUGAAGUUUGAUAAGAAUUUGGCUCUACUCAAUGGCAACUGCAUCAAGUCUUCCCAGCUGGCCGCCACCCUCCGGGAAUUUGAGCAGAGUCCUCAAAGUGGUGGCCAGGGCGUGAAGCAUCAGCUCCUGAAGGUGGUAGAACACAUCUUCCAGUAUCAAGUGCUCCUCACAGAUUACUUGAACAACCUUUGUCCAGACUCGGCAGAAUAUGAAAACACUCAAGAUGCUUUGGCUCUCAUCUCCAAAGUCACAGACCGAGCCAAUGACAGCAUGGAGCAAGGGGAAAACCUACAGAAGUUGGUCCACAUUGAGCACAGCGUCAGAGGCCAGAACAACCUCCUCCAGCCAGGAAGGGAAUUCCUGAAAGAAGGGACUUUGAUGAAAGUGACGGGGAAGUCCAGACACCCUCGGCAUCUGUUCUUGAUGAGUGACGUCCUCCUUUACACAUUCCCCCAGAAGGAUGGUAAAUAUCGGCUGAAGAACACACUGACUGUGUCCAGCAUGAGGGUCAGCCGCCCUGUGAUGGAAAAAGUCCCGUAUGCACUGAAGAUAGAGUCAGCCGAGGCCUGCUUGAUGCUGUCUGCAAGCUCCUGCUCAGAGAGGGAUGAAUGGUACAGCUGCCUCAUCAGAGCUUUGCCUGAGGGCUACCAAAUGCACACCCUAGCUGCCUUCCAUAACAGCAUUGAGAUCCGAGAGAGGCUAGGCAUCUGCCUGGGUGAGAGGCCCCCUACCUUGGUGCCUGUGUCCCAUGUAAUGAUGUGCAUGAAUUGUGGCUGUGACUUCUCCCUCACCUUGAGACGCCAUCACUGUCAUGCUUGUGGAAAGAUUGUUUGUCGAAACUGUUCAAGAAAUAAGUAUCCUCUAAAGUACCUCAAGGACCGACUGGCCAAAGUCUGUGACGGCUGCUAUGCAGAACUAAAGAAAAGAGGCGGGGAUAUCCCAGGAUUGCUGAAGGAGCGGCCAGUCAGCAUGAGCUUCCCUAUGUCAUCAUCUAGGUUUUCCAGUGGUGCUUUCUCUUCUGUCUUCCAUAGCAUUAAUCCCUCAGCCUUCAAGAAACAAAAGAAAAUCCCUUCAGCUCUUACAGAGGUGGCAGCCUCCGCAGAGGGUUCUGCGAUCAGUGGCUAUCUGAGCAGGCGUAAGAAAGGCAAGCGGCACUGGAAGACGCUUUGGUUUGUCAUCAAAGGCAAAGUCCUCUACACCUAUAUGGCCAGUGAGGAUAAAGUAGCUACUGAAAGCAUACCUUUGUUGGGCUUCACCAUUGCCCCAGAAGAAGGAAAUCGAGACUUAGGACUUGUUUUUCAUCUUUACCACAAGCAAACUCUGUUUUACAGCUUCAAAGCAGAGGAUACCAAUUCAGCACAGAGAUGGGUUGAAGCCAUGAAAGACGCAACUGUAUUAUAGCAGUAAUCAUUCAAGUGGACUUGAACUAGAGACUCUUAGAUUUAUACAGGUCCCCAAAAGACCCUUCUUCAAGAAGCUCUACACGGUGUAUUUCAAUUCAUCUGGACAUACACACUGGAUCAGAAAAGCGGGUCUUCUCUUUUUUUUUUUUUUUUGUUUUUUUGCUUCAACCCCCUUUGAUAUACAAAUUCACAAGUGAAAACUUUAAUAUAAGUAAUAUUUAUGGUCCCCUCCUUUCCAUCUUAACGUGUUCUUCAGCCUAUGCUAUAACUUUCUUCCUUAUCCACUAGGAAGCUUAUUUAACGACAUAAGGACAUGGAAAACAACUUGAUUUAAAAAAAAAAAAGAAUUGUUCAAUAAGUCAGAUACAUUAACAGUACUGGAUAUUUAGUAGAAAAUGAGGCUUUUCAAGUUUUACUUAUUGUAAAAUACUAUCAGCUCUUAAUUUGGUGGAUUUUGGUGCCUAUGGUGAAGUAAAAAAUGAUGCAGUAACAGCCACUCUCAUUUAAAGCACUUUAUUGUUUUACUGAACUACAGUCUAUUUCAUUUUUUCCAAGUAAUUUACUUAAGUAAAUAACAGAUAGAGUCCUGUGGACUAAUUUGCCACCAGUACUAUUCCAAGUACUAUUAUAUCCUGCAUAUGAAUAAUCAUUCUCCCUUACAAUGAGGGAACAAAUGCAUGUAGCACCCCAUGAUACAACAGAAGAGCUGAACUUCAGUGGGAAGGGACUGGAGUAUUUUCUCUCUUCCCAUUUAUAAAUGUUACAUAAAUAAUGGAAUAAUUUAUUGAGUGAGAGACUCCUUCCUUCCACUGAAGUUCUUAAAACUGCACUAAUCCUGAAAACUUAAAUGUUAGCUAAUGCUGCCUCCCCUGAAGAUCACAUUGGAGACGCCAAGAAUCACAGGGAUAUUUUAAUUUAUUGUAUGCCUCCCAACAACUUAAAUCUGAUGCCACUCUCAUUGUUAGGAUUGUACUUAAUAGAAUCUAUAAUUACUUUAGAAAAUGGUAAUUUUACUUUAUUAUGGCCUGCUUUGUUUAAAGAGAGAGAGAAAAGAGCAAAUGCAAUAGAUUAAUUCAUUUUCUUAGCAAAUGGUUCUAGACAUUUGGAAUGAAGCUAAAGUAUGUCAGAAGGUGCACGGCGAUGCUUCUGAACUCCUGAGGCUAAAAUCAUCUUGUGCUGCCAGUGUUGCUCAUUAGUCUUUCCAAGUUCUAUACAUACAUAUGUAUGUAUCAGAUUGGGCUGGGAGGGCGGGGGGGGGGAGGAGAAAGGGAAUUCAUGUUAUUCUCAUUGCAAUGAAAAACAAUCUAGUAUCAUUUACUGAUAAUCUAUCCAAAAAUCCAAAAGGCAUUUAUGUAUAAACCUUUGUAUAAAGUACCACUUCGAAGAGUUAGCCACAUUCAAUGUUUUCAGGGGAAAUUUUCCUUUCUAAUUUGCAUUUCUUUCUUUAAUGUUUGCAUUAAAAGUUGAAUUAUUGAU